UUUUGACCGUAAGGUCGGACUGUUUUGAUGCAGUUAGCGGAAAUGUUGACAUGAAAAUGUAACGGGAGGUCUGGAUUAUCGAAUUUAUUUCCAUCGAUAGAACAUAUUCCUGUAUAGUAAUAGAAAUCACGCUAUAGUCGUUGGCCGGUCAUAGCUAACCAGGGCAGGCAUGUUGCAAAUAACACAACAGUUUUUUUUCCUUCGACCUUCUCAGAGAAUAUCAAGAAUGCAUCGAGUUAACACUGUGUUUACAUGAACUAGUGGUGUCGAGCUGAACGUCUUUUUUUUUGAUGUUAUAGGUUAUUUCGUGUACCUCCUAACUAAUGUCAAAUCGCUUGAUAGCUGUGCUAUUGCAAAAGCUGGUCAUUCAGGACAAAUCAUUGCUGUCUCCGCCGAAAUGGACACUCCAAAUACACUGUCCAUGUUACUGCUGGUCUCAGCGCAAUGACACUGUCCUUAUCCUGCUCCUUGUCAACAUAACUUGCUGAGCUAAACUUUCCCGGUUUAGUUUUCUAUGACACUCAAAACUUAUGCUCGACUAGAUUCGUUGGAAUCGCUCCUCAACGAACUUCCCUGUAUGUUUUAUCUGGGCCUGUUUUUUGUGAACGUUUUGAUCCUCUACUAUGCCUUUCUAAUGGAAUACAUCGUCCUGAAUGUGGGGAUAGUGUUUCUACCGGAAGAUAUGGACCAGGCGCUGGUGGACCUAGGGGUACUAUCUGACCCGGCCUCUGUCCCUUACGACACGGACACAGAACUCGAUGUUUUCGAGAGGUACCUGGAGUGAGCUGAGGCCCACGGCUAGAGAGGCAGAGAGAAGCGCCGCUGCACCGGCAUGCUCCACCGGGGUGAACUGGACUCCUACCGGCCUGUGGUGAUGAUGAUGAUGAUGAUGGGAGAGACUGAUACUGGGAACUCCAGGAGGAGGAUAUUUGUCUUGGCUUGGAGCAACAUUGGCUGCGGGAUGAAAAAGUUGUCAAGGCUCAAGACCAAAUAUCUGGAGAGAUUCAGAACCAACAGACAGACAGGACAAUUCACAGCAGAGUUACCUGUCAAAACUGUCUUAACUGGCCAAUCAACAAGCAGAACUGUCUUAACUGGCCAAUCAACAAGCAGAACUGUCUAACUGGCCAAUCAACUACCAGAACUGUCGAACUGUGGCCAAUCAACAAGCAGACCUGUCUUAACUGUGGCCAAUCAACAAGCAGACCUGUCUAACUGUGGCCAAUCAACAAGCAGACCUGUCUAACUGUGGCCAAUCAACAAGCAGACCUGUCUAACUGUCCAAUCAACAAGCCGGACUGUCUAACUGUGGCCAAUCAACAAGCCAGACUGUCUAACUGUGGCCAAUCAACAAGCCGGACUGUCUAACUGUGGCCAAUCAACAAGCAGACCUGUCUAACUGUGGCCAAUCAACAAGCAGACCUGUCUAACUGGCCAAUCAACAAGCAGGACUGUCUAACUGGCCAAUCAACAAGCAGAAC